CAAGCGCAAAGGCAACAAGAGACAGAAGACGGUGCAUUUUGUUUCAUCGGGCGACGAAACGGAGACAAUGGAAGUACAGACAGUGGAGGAAAUGCCCAACACUCAGGCGUUUCUGGAAGAGGAAAAAUUGUUGGAGGAAAAAGCCGUAGAGGAAAAUUAACUUUCGACAAUAAUGACAGAGGUAAAGAAUCGUCCGAUAUCUCUUUUGAUAAUUCGUAUGAUACCAUUACGUCCGAUAGCGAUGGUUCCUCUCAUAAGAACUCUUCUGGAGAUGACUUUGUGGAUGAAGAAAGAAAACAAUCCGAACAGGUUAAAAUGGAUUGUUUUCUACAACGCCAUAAAAACCGCAGCAAAGAAAUUUUACCAGCCGAACGAUUCCAAAAGUCUUGGAUGGCAGUGCUUCGCAACCAAGAUAGUGGAAAACUGCUCAUCCACGAUAUUUACAGAUUUGACAAUUACACCGGAGAUAUCGGAAAAUUUUACGCUGACUUGGCUAGCGGACGAUUGUCAACCAGAUGUUAUCACACAAUCUCGGAGCACAACGGACAUUUACAUGCAAUCCACUUCUGCAAGUAUGGAGGAAGUCAAUGUAAAUGCUGGUUCACCGACCAAUUAUCACGAAGAGUCAGAGGAAGAGUUGCGAUCGAACGCAAGUACCUGAGAGAAGGUCCGACGACGGUUUUCACGACCAGUCCCAAAAAACAAUAGACUCCAUUCUAGCAACCCAUGGGUUCCACAUCCAUGUCGUCCACAUUUUCUACUUGAAAGUAAUUUUCUUCUUGAAGGUUUCCAUCCUAGCUGAAACACGAGCUAAUUGACUUUGAGAUAUGGCUUCUCCGUCCAGGAAAACUAAUGGUGAGAUGUCUCUAUCGCUCAUAGACGAAAGGAUUCGCCUACAUUGUGAUAACCCUGGCCAGGCUGUCAUCAAUGAUGUGACGAAGAGGUAUCCACUACUCGCAGAUUUGAAUAACAAAGGUAUUAUAAAUGUAGCAAAGAGAUCGUCAUCAUUUGUUGAUAGCGCAACGCUGUCAAAGACGGUUGAGGAAGCUAUUACUAAAGACAAUAAGACCGAAGCAAAGACUAUCGAAACGCUAACUAACCAUAUAAAAAGUCUUGAAAACAAGCUCAAUGGCGUGUCUACAAAUUCAGACAAGUUAGCAAAAAAUCAAGAAAGAGACAGGAAGUUACUUAAAGAUGCAACAACUAAGGACGCCGGAAAAAUUCUUCAUUCUGAUGUUCUUCAACGAUCUGUUACUCAAGAGCAGAAGAUUAAUGCAAUGUUAGCCAAGGCUAAUACCACUAUAAAUGGACAUGUGCCUAAAAUUGCUACACAUAAACGCUGUAUGACGUCUUUGAACUUUUUCCGAUUUAUCAUGGAUUUAUCACUCAUUUUCAUGACUAUAUUCAGCUUAAUUAUUUCGAGUUAUGGUUUAACGCUUUUCUCCGCUACCUUUAUAACAGUAUUUAGGAUUGUUAUUGAUAUAACUAUAGUGUCGUGUUUGAUUUUGAAGCAGUGUACAGAUAAGAAGUACAAUUUAUUAACUGAAAAGAAAGAUUUACUCGUUGGACAAUACCAAGAAGCCCUUGGUAUUAUUGCCUUAUAUGGCGAUUUCAAAAAUAUUAAUACCCUGGCGAAUGACUCCAGAGUCAUCGGCCUCUGACUUAGCAUUUUCUUCCUAGCUGGUGAUGCUCGUGUGGCGUUAGGAAAUUUCUGGGACUGACCCCCCGCAGAAACUCCUAAUUCUUAAAUUUUUUUGGUCCAACAUGAUAUUUUUUGCAAUCCAUGUACUAUAUACUUGUAGGUUAUAUUUACAUCAUCCGACUUCGCCUUUGGUGACAAACAACAAAUAGACUCAACAACCCUAUGUUAUUGUUCACAAUUUUGUCCCCGCAAGCCCUCCUGAGACGAGUCAUCCAAAACUUCUUGUUCAGCCCUCUGACACGACCACGACUCAACCUCAAGAAUGGAUCUAUUACCUGUUUACUGCCUCGAUACGAUUUUUGAAUCUAGGAUGGGACGCGAUAUAGUUUCAAUUCCCAUGAGUUUUACCACUUUUAUCGUAUCACUGUCACAUGAAGUUCCACCUCUCAAGAUAACAGCCACGCUCGGACUGCCGAUUGCGGCAGCCGAGCACUCCUACCCAAACAUCAAGCAGUAUCGAGCUCUAGACGAUUCCACCGCCGCUCUAAUUUGGUGUCCUCUCAAAAAACAAAAAUUAAAUUUUGUAUGAAAUUUCGGCCCAAUCCAAAAAAAAACCUCACUAAGUACCUGUUAAAAAAUGAAAUGGGGAAAAAGAUAUCGAACGCGUAUAUGAUGGCAGUACCGUUUGGAUUCAGCGUUUAAAAGGAGGUGAUUUCACACGGCCCAAUUUCUCCCUUGAUGCCCGUGCACUAUGCUAAACAACCCAAAAUUUUUCACGCAAAAAAAUCAAAAUACCUACCUAUCAAGUAUGAUGGUCUGGAACACGUUUCAAUCCAUCGCUUUGAAUCCAACGAUUUUUGAAUCAAGGAGAGGGGGGGUGAUAUUUUUCCAAUUCCCAUGAAUUAUAUCACUGUUAACAUUCGAUUUCGACCUGUUGCCGCCCUCGGCCUUCCGAUCGACACUCUUACCUAAACAUUUGUGCUUCCCCGAGGAAUAAUGAUUCCAAAGUGAGGAUUCUUAAUUUUGCAAGUUUUUUUAACUUUAUGUUUAAAAUACAUCUAGAUCAGUCACAGAUUUGUCUUAGUUUCAGUCUUAAUUACUUUUAUAAUCUUUCUGUCAACAAUUGAAAGUUAAAAUUUGAAACACAGUCCCUUCAUUCUUCCAGAGAGACUUCAUCGACACCAAACUGUACGGUGACUUUUCCGAUGUUACGGCACACAACGUAAAACACCUUAUCGAACAUGAUACGGAAUCCGUCGAAAAAAUGCUGAGAAAUGUAAAUAUUUCACCAGACGAGAAGAAAAUUGAUUCAGUGGAGGCCAUCCUCACACCUUUAGAAUAAAUGAAACAGGUAAUCCUAUGAAUCAAGACAGGAAAUACCGAUCAUGAUUUUUUUUCGCCAUGAGUAUUGAUAAACUCAAGUAAAGUAGAAGUAAGAGGUAUUUAUUUUAUUUUUUGUUGUUGAAGAGGCUUCAUAAUUCUAUAAAUAUUUCGUUUGUCACUGGAAAUAUGGACGAUAAAUACCUUUACCGAAGGGACACAGUCCCUUCAUUUCUCCAGAGAGGCUUCACCGACACCAGCCUGUACGGUGACUUCUCCGACAUCGCCGCACACAAAGUAAGACACCUUAUCGAACAUGAUACGGAAUCCGUCGAAAAAAUGCUGAGAAAUGUAAAUAUUGCACCAGACGAGAAGAAAAUUGAUUCAGUGGAGGCCAUCCUCACACCUUUAGAAUAAAUGAAACAGGUAAUC